UGCCAGGAAAUCCUCACCUUCUCCGCUGGUGGGAGGAAGUGGAUGAAAUUUUAGAUUUCUCUUGAGGCAAGUGAUACUUGCGUCACUCUGCUUGAUGAGGGCAGCGUUGGAGAACAGUGCUCGUCAUGAUAUAUUGGCAAAACCUCCUCCGUUAUCUACAUACUUCUGAGGGCAGAGGAUCCAAGGUAGACCAAGAGUGGUGAUCAUUUCCUUGAACAGCAAAGAGCUUUUGGCAAAAACAGUUUGGAUUAAACAUUAAUUGCAAACUGUUGUUCAUCAGUGGUCCUUGUUGUUUAUAGAUGGCGACGUUCUCACAUGUCUAGCUGCACCCUGAAUAGUGUCAGACAGCACAGUAUGUUGGAAAGCUCUAUGUUAAUCAAAGCAGAUAUCAAAUUGUUUGCCCACCAUAUUGACAGUUUGAUUUCAGGAGUCGUUUGACGCUUACAAAUUUGAACAUGGAGAAAUGCAGCACUUGAAUUCAUUCAUGCCUGAGUGUGGUCGUGUAUCUGUGGAUCCUGAUCAGAUGUUACAUAUACCCCUUCUAACCAGCAGUACUUUUCUCAGUCAUGUGUAUUCUUUGCCUUGUGGCUUAUCAUCAUGUUGUUUAUUCAACAGGUUGUGGUGUCUGGGUGGUGUUAGAGUGAAUUUACCAUUUCUGGAAGAGCCUACCAGACAAGAUCAAAAUGUGGGGAGACCAUCGACAAGGCAACAGAAUGGGGUCUUUUCGUGGGAGCCAAGAAGAAAGGUUUGCUCCCGGGUGGAACAGGGAAUAUCCUCCUUCCCUUGAUAGUCUUGGUCAAGAAAGACACUCUGGCAACUUCUCUGGCAGAAAAUCACUUCCUUUUGAUAUCCAGGCAAUCUCAGGCCUCCUCAAUCCUCAGUUUGCCAACAGAGAGGAACCUUCUUUCAGCUAUGGAGCUAGAGAUGGACCACGUAGUGACUUCAGAGGUGGGGACGGGCACCAUGAUUUCAGGGGCAGGGAUUUCCCACCAUCUGACUUCCAGGGCAGAGAUGAGUCUCAGAUGGAUUUCAGAGGUAGAGAGCCACCCCCUUCUGAAUACAGGGGCAGGGAUAUGUACUCUGGAGACUUCCGGGAGAGAGAAGGGCCCCCUAUGGACUUCAGGGGUGGGGAUGUUCCCUCAGGGGACUACAGGAACCGGGACAUGUUCCGUAUGAACUACAGGGAUAGGGAAACACAUAAUAUGGAUUAUAGGGGCAGGGAGGAACCUCCAUCAGACUUCAGGGGAAGAGGGUCUUAUGAUUUUGACUUUAGAGGUCGAGAUGGGCCUCAUUCAGACUUUAGAGCAAGAGACAUGUCUGAGUUAGACUACAGGGGCAGAGAACAUUCCUAUUCAGACUUCAGAAAUAGGGAUGUACCUGAUUUGGACUUCAGGGGUGUGGGUACCUCUGAUCUGGACUUCAGAAACAGGAAUGCACCAUCGUCAGACUUCAGAAAUAGGCACAGAUCCCGAUCUGAUCAGGAUUUUAGGAGCAGAGAUGUGGCUCCUCCCAUGGACUUUUCAGAUAGGGAAAUGCCUCCCGUGGAUCAAAGCCUUGUAGAUUUUAGGCACAACCAAUCUACCGUACCUUUAGCAGAAAGAGAAGGCUCUGGUAUAAGCACCAGCAAAAGAGAUGAGUCUGCACUUAGUCUAGAUAGAAGUCCCUUUGGUGGCCAAAAAGGAGAAUUUCAACACUCGGAAGCACCAGCCAGAGAAGAGAAAUCCCUGGGACUGGGUCUUGAAGAUGACACUUCGCACAAUUUCCAAAAUAGCCGUGGACCUCUUCCUACUCUUCAGGACCAAGAGGAGCAACCUCAGAGCUUUGCUAACAAGCAGCAGCAGCUUUCUGGGGGGGAGCAGCAAAGAUCUGAUUCUGAUCUUGGGCUAAAGGGUGAAGGUGACCUGGAUUUCCUUGGGAGGCAAGAUACCGACUACCGGAAUAUGGAAUAUCGUGAUGUGGAUCACCGGCUGCCAGGGCAUCAAAUGUUUGAUUAUGAACAUGGCAAGUCCUUUGCAGAAGGAAAACCCAGCAAAGAUUCUAGGCCCUAUAAGAACCUUCAGGACCAAGAUUACCGGACCUGCCCUAAGUAUGUGAAGCCGAGCAAGCUCAUUCGACUAGGAGGAGUGCCUGAAACUGCCACAAAAGAUGAUAUCCUCAAUGCUUUCCGAGGACCUGAUGGGACACCUGUGAAGGACCUGCGACUGAAAGAUUACAGCUCAGGUUACGACUAUGGCUAUGUCUGCGUGGAGUUUUCACUCUUGGAAGAGGCCAUCGGAUGCAUGGAAGCCAACCAGGGAACUCUUACGAUCGGAGGCAAAGAAGUGACCCUUGAAUACACUCCGUGCCCAGAGUUUUGGCGCUGCAAACGUUGUAAGGUGUGUACUGUGGGCUACAGAUCUUCCUGUUCCUAUUGCAAGCUCCCAAGAGAUGGAAACAGAACAGGCCCAGAGUCCAGAGGUGGUGCUGAGGGAGAGGACACGUCAGCUGAGCAAGAAUUCAAGACAAAGCUUGAAACACCUGAGCAAGAGUUGUCAGGUCAGCCAGGAUCUCCAAAGCAGCCUCUCCAGCCCUCAGUUCCUGCUCCACAGCAGGAAUGUCAGCCUCAGGAACAGGAGCCAAGGAAGAGGGAUGAAGGGAGAGAGCGUCGGCCGUCACAGGAGAAGAGAAGGGACAUGGAUCGGCACCAGGAGCCGCCCUCUCAGAGGGAAGCAGAGGAAGCCAUGCCACCAGAUGGUGGAGGAAGCAGAACAAUUAUGCUGAAGCGAAUCACUCGGUUCACCCCCCCAGAGGUGAUUGUGGGGCUCCUGGCCCCGUACGUGCGUCUGUCCACGUCCAGCGUGCGCAUCAUGAAGAACAAGGCUGGCCGGAUGGGGCAGACCUAUGGCUUCAUCGAACUGGAAUCUCAUGCUGAAGCGCUGAGGUUGCUAAAGAUACUGCAGAACCUGGAUCCCCCAAUCUGCAUUGAUGGGCGUACAUUGGAAGUGAAUCUUGCAACAGGGAGGAGAAGCAGGAAUGACUAUGGGGAGCACGGUGACAAUUCCUACUAUGGCCAGGGCAGAAGGGGCAUGAGAGACAGGAGGGGUGGCGAAUCACAGAGACGCACCAGAGCACAGUCACCAUCAGAUGUGUCCACGUACAUUUACGAUCCUGACACUGGGAAUUACUAUGAUCCCAUAGCUGGGACAUACUAUGACCCCAGAACUCAGAGGGAAGUCACGAUAGACCGGGAACCCUCCUCACCUCCCGCGGAGAGCAGGAGGCAGCAGCGGCACGGGAGCCAAGAACGGACAAGUGACAGGAAGGAGCCACACGGCAGGGACAACAGGGACAAAAAGGACAAAGGGAAAAGUACUUCUGCUAAGAAUGAGCCUGGAGAGGAGAGAUUCUUUGCAGAAGAUGUCUUCAAAAAGCCAUUGCCUCCCUCUGUGAAGAAGGAUGAGAGCACAGGCCUGACUGAGACUGGAGAGGAGAAGUUGUCUGCAGAAGAUGUCUUUAAAAAACCUUUACCUCCUUCUGUGAAAAAGGAAGAGAGUGCAGCCCCACCCAAGGUGGUGAACCCUCUGAUAGGACUUCUGGGAGAGUAUGGAGGAGACAGCGACAAUGAGGAGGAGGAGGAAGAGGAGGAGCAGUCCCAGGCUCAGUGGCUGCCGCCUCCCCCGCACCCACCGGCGCUGCGCGAGGAGCAGCCGCGGAAGGCCAAGGCCAGCGACGACAAACUGACUGACUGGAACAAGCUGGCCUGCCUGCUGUGCAGGAGACAGUUUCCCAACAAGGAAGUGCUCAUCAAGCACCAGCAGCUUUCCAACCUGCACAAGCAAAACCUAGAGAUUCAUAUGAAGAUCAAACGAUCCGAGCAGGAACUGGCGUAUUUGGAGAAGAGAGAGCGUGAGGGGAGGCAUAAAGACAAAGGAAAUGACCGGAGAGAGAAAUUCCAGCAGAUGGAUUCACCAGAGAGGAAACGACUCAGAUAUGACCGGGACUCAGAGAGUGACUAUGACCCAAGGCUUGACAGUAACAACAAAGGGAACCGAAUGGUGCAGUCUCCGGGGUGGAAGAAGGGCUUUGGCCACAACCAGCAGGGCACAGCAUCACCAAUGGAGGCAGAAAACAGGAGGAAGGGCCCUGGGCUGGGGGCCCCAGGGAAGCCCCCCAAGAGGCAGUCCAACGAGACGUACCGUGACGCCGUGAGGAGGGUCAUGUUUGCCCGCUAUAAGGAGCUUGAGUGAACGCUGGAGGAACCCCAGAUUUGUCUCUCUCCAUCUCUGUCUCUUUCUCUCUGUGUCAUGUUCUUUUGAAGGUUUGGUCAUUUUUUUUUUUCCUGUUGUUUUUUGAAUUGUUACAGGUUUUGCUGCUAGAGUUUUUUAAAUAAAACUGAAAAUUUGUCA